AAGCUAGCUAGGCAGCUAGCACUGACUGCCCCAAGGACGAUGACAAUGGCGACCACCAGCCGUCUUCUCCUGCUAGUCCUCGCCACCGUUGUCGCUGUGGCGGCGACGGCUCCGGCUCCGGCUGCAGCCGCGGCUGCGGCGUCGUCGCCGUUCCGGACGGUGUACGCGUUCGGCGACUCGUUCACGGACACGGGGAACACGCACUCGACGACGGGGCAGACGUCCUUCGGCUACGUCUCCAGCCCGCCCUACGGCGCCACCUUCUUCAACCGCUCCACCAACCGCUACUCCGACGGCCGCCUCGUCGUCGACUUCCUCGCGCAGGAGCUUUCGCUGCCCUCGUUCCUCCCGCCCUACCUCUCCGCCGCCUCCAGCUCCAACAACGCUACCGACGUCGGCGUCAACUUCGCCGUGGCCGGCGCCACGGCCAUCGAGCACGACUUCUUCGCCAAGAACAACAUCAGCAUCGAUAUCACGCCGCAGUCCAUCAUGACGCAGCUCGCCUGGUUCGACGCGCACCUCCGCCGGACUACCACGGCAAGCGAGAUCAAGGAGAAGGUCGCCGACGCGCUCUUCUGGGUCGGCGAGAUCGGUGCCAACGACUACGCCUACACCGACGUCAUGGCUGCCCCCACGAUCCGCCCCAAGCUCAUCCGGACCAUGGCCGUCCAGAGGAUCACCACCUUCAUCGAGGCAUUGCUGCAGAGAGGUGCCAAGUACCUGAUCGUGCAGGGGCUGCCAGUCACGGGCUGCCUGUCGCUCACCUUGACGCUGGCGCGCGCGGACGACCGCGACAACCUCAGCUGCGUCGCCUCCGUCAACCGGCAGGACUACGCGCACAACCGCCUCCUCCUGGCCACCCUCCGCCGGCUCCGGCAGAAGCACCCGGACGCCGUCAUCGCCUACGCCGACUACUACGGCGCGCACCUCGCCGUCUUGCGGAGCCCCGCGAGGUACGGCUUCACGGAGCUCUUCCGGACGUGCUGCGGCUCCGGCGGCGGCGACUACAACUUCGACGUCUUCGCCACCUGCGGAUCGCCGGAGGUGACGACGGCCUGCGCCCAGCCGGCCAAGUACGUCAACUGGGACGGCGUCCACAUGACGGAGGCCAUGUACAAGGUCGUCGCCACCAUGUUCUUCCAGGACCGCGACACCUACUGCCGCCCGUCGUUCGGUGCUCUGCUGGCCAGGAAAGCCCAGGGCAAGUGACCGCCGCCGAGAUCACCUCGAGAAUCUUUGCCGCUUGCUAGCUACGGUCAGUUCAGCACAAAUGCAAUUUAAUGGUGACGAAUGCAUCAGUCACCUUGUUCUUCAACCAUUGUGAUUUCACAGGUGUAU